AUGUCGCUGAAUCUGAGCAAAUGUGUUUGCAUCUCAUUUUAUCGCAUUUCAAAACCUAUAUUGCAUGAUUACUCUGUCAGAGGUGUGCCACUAUCCAGAACAUCGGAGGUGAGGGAUCUUGGAGUGUUCUUUACUUCUUCCCUAAGCUGGGAGCCCCAUGUCCAACAUAUAUGCAAUAGCGCUCUUCAAGUCCUUGGCUUCCUCUUCCGAGCUUCUAAGUCAUUUACUGAUCUAAACGUUCUCAGACUCUUGUACUGCUGCCUGGUGAGACCGCACUUAGAAUACAACAGUGUUGUUUGGUCUCCUCACCAGCAGUAUCUAAAAGACAACAUAGAGAAGAUCCAAAGACGUUUUCUGAGGUUGGUUGGUGUUAGACUAGGAUUCCGAUUACUGGAUGUUCCUGUGCAAGAAGUCUCACGGCUCCUAAACCUACCCUCCAUGGAAUCAAGGCGUGCCAGUCAGGACUUACUUUUCUUAUACAAGCUGGUCAGAGGAGAGUUGGACUGCCCUGAUUUGCUGGAAAGAAUAAACUUCAGG